UAGAUCACAGUUAGAGGUGCACCAUGUCUAAACUAUGGGGGGAGAAGGCAAUUCCUUCAACUGGCUUCGAUAUUAUGAAAUCAUGGAUGGCAGUCGACUUGAACGAUUUCCGUAAAUGUUCUUAUCCUGUCCCCAUACUAAACAAUGCAUCUAUUAUACUGGGUAUGGUUGGAGUGGGUGGACCUUUGUACACUAUGGUAGUAAAGAGGCAAAAUGCAUCAGCAGGCAUGUACAAAACCUUUUUCCUGGCCACACUUGGUGUAUGGACAGGAUAUUACAUUACGAGGGCGUUCAACCAAUAUUAUUUUGGAAAGUUUAAAUUCUCACUUGAAUAUGCCAUGAUGAGGAAAGGAGACUUCAAAAAAACAAUUGAACCAACAAAAUAUGGGGACCCGGAAUUCCUUAAAAAAUGGAAACCUAUCAGAUCACAUUAAACUUUUCUUUACUUUUCUGCAGAAUAAACUUUACUUGACCACGA